GUAGUAGUUCCCGCUGCUGAGAGGAGGACGGAUGUACAAAUCUCUCUUUCUCUCGCGGAGAGGCAAGCAGCGCGCACGAGAGAUCGCCAUCUGUCGUUGAGUCCGCGCCGAUACAGUUGCCUCUGCGGUUAUCGGUAGUUGUCGAGAGUGCCGCGGUGUGGCGUUAGUGCAGCCGGUCAGUGGCGCGUAUAUAUGGUGAAGGAAAAAAAAAGGAGGUGAACGUACAUCUUUUUGGUGAGCAGAGAGCGAGAGAGAGGGAUAGAAGAGAGACAGGAGUGAAACGUUCAGGGAGUGGAGAGACGAUUCACUGUGGUGACCAGCGAAGUGACUUUGCGUCUGCACGAAUGCAUCCCUUCUGAACUUUGAUACUUUUUGCAUUAAGCAUUUCGCCGGCCACGACAAUCGGUACCAAGUUCGAUCUCGAAGCGGGGUUUCUCGUCGCCGGCACCCUCGUCGUCGUUAUCGUCGGCGAAGAGUCUCCGCUCCAGGCUCCUCAUUCCACCCCGUCUGUCCGGCCCUUUUCUCCCCCUUCCCUUAUCCCUAUCCGGGUGGUACGGAGAAGAAGGAGGGCCCCUUCCGCCGUGCGACGGGCACAUUGACUUUCUCGUUCAUCUUCGACUGGCCUCUCACACACAUAUACACGCACGUAUAUAUACAUAAUAUACACGCACGAGCCGUACGAGUAUCCUUGGCUCCAUCAGUCCACCUCUACCAACCUCUAUCACGACCACGACCACGACGGUGACUGCCCCCACCAUCGGACCCUCUUGUCUCCCCUCUCCAUUUCUCCCCCAUCGGUCCUACUUCGGCGCCCUUCUCCGUUACCGGAGGGAGUAUUCCUCGCGGCGCGACUACGGCCGAUCAGUGCGUGACUCGUCGUUGUUGCGACGAUUGGUGAGGACGAGAGCGCAGUUUGUCGUUCCGUCAGUGCUCCCCAAAGUUGGAUUUGGGAAGUAUGAUCGCGACGGGUUGAUUGUGACUCGUAUAUAAAAAAGAAAGAAGCGAGAAGAGAUCCACGACGUCAUCGUGAGAAAAAGAAAGAUUAUCCUUGGCUUCGUUACACCACCUAGAUACACGGACGCGAUCGUCGUCGUUCCCACCCGGCGAGCCUCUCAGCCUCUCUCAGCGUCUGUCGUCCCACGGAUAUACUGGAAUAAAGUGUGUCACCGGCAAGUGUGUAAAAAGUGAAAACGUCCGCGUGCGAUAUUAAAAUCUCGUUCGUACGUAUAAAUACCGGUCGAAAUAAAUAAUAUAAUUCGUCCGCGUACGGAGUGCACAGUGGUAAGCGAGUUGAAUUUAGCCGCGGUUUCGCACGGCGCGAGUACCACUCGUCGUUCGCGCGCUCCUUCGUUGUUCCGUUCGCUCGUUCGUUCGCCCAGCGACGGCUCGCAUUCAUCGAGAGCUCACCCCGGUACACGCGGUUCGUGGCUAUGCAGCAGCCCCGCGGUAUCGCGGCGAGACGCAGGUAACGCCGACGGGAAGACGCGACGAUACCGAGCGGAGCGCGCGUGGAUUGCCGCUCUCACAUCCGCGCUUCCGCCGUCACCCGGGAAGCGCCGGCGGCGUGUAAACACCGAGGGAUACGCGACGCGUCAACAUGUGGACCACGAUGCUCGUGUGGACGGCCGCCGUCGUUCUCCUGCCGACGCCUCGAGCGGUGAACGCCUCCGGGGUGUUUGAGCUGAGGCUAAAGUCCUUCGUGAACGAGUUCGGCAAGGACAAUCUGGGCAAAUGCUGUUCCGGCAGCGCGUCCAAGACAGGCGAAUGCUCGGGGGUCUGUAAGACGAGGUUUCGAGUAUGCCUGAAGCAGUACCAGGUGAAGAUCGACACGACGUCGCCGUGCACGUAUGGCGACGUUGUAACGCCCAUUCUCGGCGAGAACAGAAUUAAUCUCAGCACGAACGUCGCUUUGCCGAGCUUCACCAACCCCAUCAGGUUCCCGUUCGAGUUCACAUGGCCGGGUACAUUCUCAUUGAUAGUGGAGGCUUAUCACGAUGCAGACAACAGAACGCAUCAAUCGGCCGAGAAAGUAUUGAUCAUGCGGUUGACCACCCAGAAGUGGCUGGACGUUGAUCCGGAUUGGACCGUGGACGACUUUGCGAGUGCACACUCACGAAUAGAAUACGAAUAUAGGGUGACUUGCGCGCCGCACUAUUACGGCAAGGGUUGCGAGGACCUAUGCCGGCCGAGAGACGACAACUUCGGCCACUAUAGUUGCAGCCCAAGCGGCGAGCGCGUCUGCCUUACUGGUUGGAAGGGUGACUAUUGCAACACCCCCCGCUGCCUGCCCGGAUGCGACGAGCAGCACGGACACUGCAAUCGACCCAACGAAUGCAUAUGCCACAGCGGCUGGAAGGGCUCACUGUGUAAUCAGUGCGUUCGAUAUCCAGGCUGCCUCCACGGUAGCUGCCAAAAGCCCUGGGAGUGCGCGUGCGACGAGGGAUGGGGCGGGCUAUUCUGCAACCAGGAUCUCAACUAUUGCACAAAUCAUAAGCCGUGCAUGAACGGCGGCACCUGCUUCAACACCGGCCAGGGCUCUUACACCUGCUCGUGCCCGUCAGGCUUCACCGGCACCGAAUGCCAGACGCCGCUCUUCGACUGUCACUCGAAACCCUGCUUGAACGGUGGUACCUGCACGAUGACCGAGUCGCCGUCCGUGAGCUACGUGAGUGGCAACGGCACGGAGUUAUCGUCGUCCUCCAGGCAGCAGCAUCGUCGAAGCUAUCGCUGCACCUGUCCACCCGGUUGGCGUGGUCGACACUGCGAGAUUACGACGCGAUCCUGCCGGGACUCACCCUGCCGACACGGCGCCACCUGCGAAGACGACUCUCUUCGCGGUUACGUGUGCCAUUGCCCAUCCGGUUAUACUGGCACCGAUUGCGAAUCGCAGGUCAAUGAGUGCUCACCAAAUCCCUGCGCGAACAACGGCACCUGCAUGAACCACGUCAACAGUUACCGAUGCACAUGCCUUGCUGGCUUCACCGGCGAGCGUUGCGAGAUCAACGUGGAUGACUGUGAAGGCGAUCCGUGUCUGAACGGCGGCACUUGCAAGGACCAAGUGAACAGCUUCCGCUGCCAAUGUAUACCAGGUUACGUCGGCAGAAUCUGCCAGAACAAGGUAGACUAUUGUGUGGCAAAACCGUGCGCGAACGGAGGUACAUGCAUUUCUGGGACCAAUGACUAUAAUUGUACGUGCAAGCCUGGUUUCACCGGUAAGGACUGUAGCGUGGACGUAGACGAAUGCUGGAGCGCACCGUGUCAGAAUGGCGGCAUAUGCCGGAACCGUGUCAACGGUUUCUUGUGCGAAUGCCCGGACGAUUGGCACGGUGACAUCUGCAGCGAAAAAGCCGGUGCGAUACCAAUCACAUCAUCGUCCACACCCGUGAUAUCGAAUGUGCCGCUGGCAGAACCGUUCCCAGGCAAUAGCCAUUCGAAGCACGUCGCCUCUAGGAAAACUAGUUUGACUACGGAACACCUGGUAAUGAUUGCGACUCUUUCCACCGCAGUACCGGCUUUCGCGUUAUUCGCUACAGUCGCAGUGAUGUGCAUGAAGAGACGACAAAAGCGAGAGCAGGCGAAGGCCGAUGAGGAAGCGAGGCUACAGAACGAGAGGAACGCGGUGCAUAGCAGCAUGAGCAAGCGUAGCGCCAGUACCAUCGGCGUCGGAGGCACUGGUAUUGGCAGUGUCGGCGGUCUCCUCGGCGGCGGUAGCGGCUUAAUUGGCGCGGGUGGUGGCAGCGUUUGCGCUCUGGGCACCGGUGACGCGCACAUGAUUAAGAAUACCUGGACUGCGAGUAAAAGUGUGAACAAUGUAGCAUCGGCAGCGUCGCGGCAGGACGAUUUGGAUUCGUCCUUCCAAACUGAUGUAACGCUGGACAGUUCGUGUUCGGGUUAUAAGCCAGAACCAGUGCUGCAAGACGGUCGGACUACGAGAACGACGAAACAGCUGAACACAGAGGCGGCAGCCCAUCGAGCGUCUGCGCACCUUUUCCAGAAGGAAAAGGACUGUCUCGGCCUAGGUCUUGGUAUCGGGAUCUUGGAGAGUGCCAAAAGAUCAUCCGUAUUUGCCACUACUGGCAACGUGGCGGACAGUUGUUGCGCCGCGGAAGCUGCACUGAUGAAGAGGCCGACGACGAUAUCGGAAGCUAACAGCACCGGUCUCGUCAAUAGUAAUAGUAGUGGUCCACCGGGAAGCGGUGGCAGUGCCGCGGACAACAGCAAUUGCGGUGUGUACGUGAUAGACGAUCACUACGUCAGGCACGACGCCACGCUGGCGGCAACGCUCGCGACGGAAGUGUAGUAAACUUUGGACUCCCAUUUAGAGUGAUAGAGAGAAAGAGAGAAUACGUAAGAAAAAAAAAAGAGAAAUGGAACCAGUGCGUGUGCGUAUGCGAAUUGUGGAUCUUGUUCUCUCCGUGUGUGUAAAUUGACAGACUACCCCGUUUGAUUUCCUUCGAUUUUUCUCGAACAACGCCCCGUCGUGAUACCCUUCAGACCGCGACGCCUCGUCUCGGAUGCCUGCGGGUGUUUAUUUCUUUUUUCUUCUUUUUUUUUUAAAUUUUUAUUACAUCUUUUUUUGCGAAAGCACUUGUGCAUCCACGAUUGGCCGCCACUAGGACUCCGCGAUUGAAACAUCAUUUCGAGGAGAAAUACAUACUGCACCCGCAUCGCCGGCCAGUUCGACCAGUCACGAGGGUAUGUCGUUCCGAUUCUACUGAAACGAGAGCGAUGACGGACGAGAUCGAAGACGUUCGAUCGGGGUUGAUCGAGAUGCGACAGAAACAAGAAAAAUUAACGCGAUGCUGUGGGGGUCAGUCGGUUAGGCUGCCGUCGACCCAUCCUUAGGUAUUAAUAUUAUAUCGUGCUCGAAAGUGAACUUUGUACAGAACUAAUUUAUUAUUAUUGUUAUUUACUUAUUGUAUUACUGAUUGCUAUUAAUUAUUAUUAUUAUUAUUAUUAAUAUUAUUACGUGUCGCAUUAUCAUUGUUCUCGGUAUUAGUUCUUUUUCGAAUUUGCGUGACUGAGCUGCCAACCGGAGCAAAAAUACGACAGCGAAAGAUCUUUCGUGUAUAUUAUAUUCGUGUGCGUGUGAGAAUAAAUGAGCAUGUGUGUAGAGUAUUUGUGUGCAUGUGUAAUUGCGAGCGAGAAAGUUUAACGAAUUAGCAUCUUUAGAAUGACCUCAUCUUUUUCGUAAUCAGAAUUAAUUUUUCGUGUAACAUUAUCUCUUUUUUUUCUUUUUUUUUUUACAAAGCAUUCCUUUUCUCAGAGUAAAUAUCGUUGCAGGAACUUUUGCUUACAGUGGCAAUGACAUCCAGCGACGAAAAGCAUGAAAAUUAAUAUUUAAAGUGACACUUCAAAGAAAUGUCUCCUCGACUUUUUGGGAUUCUCCAUUUCAGACAAUCCCAUUUGGUCGAAUUCUUUAGACAUCCGUUUUCCACGCCGCUUUUCAACUGGCUCAAAGGAACGUUUGGAAGAAAGGAUGGAAAGCGGCAUUCUUAACAAAAUUCCGUCCUUUUAAUCCAAAAACGUCGUUAUUCCAUCGCGAUUGAUUUAAAUAAAUUUAAUACAUGGAAUUAAAUUGAGCGAUGCGAUAGUUUCGUAGAAAAUGAUAAAAAAAAAAUGUCGUGUAAUACAGAAGGAAAAGCCCGAGCAUGCGAAGCUUGUCGAGCCCUUUCCACAUCUUCCACAUCUUCCACAUCUUUUUCAUUCAAUCCAAUUGGGAAGAAGGAAGGAAAGGAUAUAUGAUAAUGAAAAAUUUAUUCGCUGAUUUGAUCCGCUGAUUUGAUCCGCUGAAAUUCCAAAGAAAUCGCGCAGCUUUGGCUUUUCCUCGUUUAAAAAAAAUCAAUCUUCUACGAAUCCUAUGAUUGUUAUCCAAACGACGUAUACUGUUCGACGAGACAUUGCUCGCGCUACGUACGACUGAAAAGAACGAAUAGAUGUGUAAAUUAUGCAGAUAUAUAUAUAU